AUGCCAGGGGAGGUCACUCCCGGCACCACUUCAACGUUUUCUACGUUUUUUGUGCCCAUAUCUAGAGCUGCGGCCAUGGAGCACAGCACUCCUAACAGUAAACAUCAGAGCGAAUUAUCCUCAUCUUCCAGCAGCAGUUCCUCGAUGAUGAUCGUUCACAAGCAAACACUGACGAGGCCCCCGUCGCGCUGUCCUCUUCCAGUCGUGUCCUUCAAUAGUGAUACCCCGACCACCCAAGAGGAGAUUUCUCCCAAAUGCGAUUCAAAGUACUCGGAGAGCACACCCACACGCAACAGGCUAUCUGAGGAUAUGAACACGAAGGAAUCCACCACGCAGUUCUCGGACGGCAGCGUAGCCCUGGCGGAGUUCACGAGUCUGCUGCAGACCAACCGCAAGGAUUUCCACAAAGAGCAGAUUAUCCACAUGUUAGACAAGAUUGGCGAUGAGGACGUUCUCCUCGAGAUCUCUCAUAUGGUCGAGGAGAGAGCAGGGGCAGCCCAACGACUGGAUCUAGGCAAGGGUAGAGUGCCCACCAUGCCCGGCACCAACGUGGGGCGCCUGUCGCUGCACUCCGACGCAACAACACCGUUAGGUCGUGCCACCUAUGAUACGUUUUUGGGGGGAAGAAAUGCCAGCACCAGGGUUCUUUCAGCGCGCUCUCGUGAUCGUCGGUGGAUUUCUCGCGUGGCGAACGCCUCACAGAACUCUUCGGCGAGAGGCGAGAAUCCCUCGUUCGGCACGCAAAGCCAAGGCACGGGAUCCACCGCCACGUUGGGGACCACGUUCGUGCGGCGCAAAAGUUGCACAGAUGCCGCCACGCUUGGUCUUCUUCACUUCCAUGAGGAGAAGGAAAACCUCAUCAACGUGGAUAACCCGGGCCCAGAUGGUAGCCCCACGUCGUCCUCACAGACUGGAACAGAAACAUGCUCGAAGGAUACGCCGCCCCUCGCGGACGAGGAAGUGCAGAAGAUCUUGGAAGUGGUGAAAAAGGCGGGCCGGCGCGUGGCCAUCUCUGCCCCUGUCUGCGACAUGGAUCAAAUUAACUUAUACAAGUCCUUCUCGACAUGCAUGGAGUCUCCCUCGAAGGUGCAUCGUCUGGUAAGCUUUGUAAAAAAAUUCGUCAUCUUCACAGAACUCGAGGAGAAGGAAAUCAACCAGGUCGCUAUGAGCUUAGUCAAGGAGGUCUACCCCGCGGAUACGAAAAUCAUGACGCAAGGGAAGGACUUUGAGGGGAAGUUUUACCUUCUCGCCAGAGGAACCUGCGAAAUUAUUAAGAACAAUCGAGUUAUUGCGACCGUCUCACGCGGUGCGAGUUUUGGAGGUUUAGAGUUGAUGUAUAAUCAAGCGAAGUGUGCUACUACGGUCCACUGCGUGACCCAGUGCGUCAUGUAUACCCUCGAUGAGACGAGUUAUCACCGCGCCGUCGUAAAUGGCAGGCUAAACGCACGCAAGCACUACGAGUCUUUAAUCCUAAAGAUGCCUCUCUUGAGAGUUCUUUCCGAUCAUGAGCGCCUGAGCGUGGUUGAGGCCCUCAUGAUCAAAGUUUUCAAGAAGGAUCAGUAUAUAUUUCACUUUGGACAGAAAACCUCACACGUGUAUCUUAUUUUGGAAGGCGAGGUCAAAGUUGUGGGCCGGCGUAAGGGACAGAAAAAGGAGAUUAUUAGGCUGCACAAGGACGACAUUAUCGGCGAGCUUGAGUUUAUCCUCUCCCGCCUCACGGUUGCCGACGUCGUUGUGAGUUCCGAGCGCGUCGUGACGGCGUGCAUCAGCCGAAGUCACUUCGAACUCAUCACCGGGCCCAUCAGCGAGAACUUGAAGAGGCUGAUCGCGUCGAAUCCGAUUUACGACGUGUAUUACCACCGCAAAGACGCUGUACCAUCCGGCUCCAAACCGGUGCACGAUGACGCGUUAGCCAACAAGAAGACGGCGCCACCCACGACACCGGUAGUCUCCGAGAAAGGGGGUACUACAGACGUCGAUCCUAGCGGUGAGUUGGUCAUGGCUGUGCGGUUGUUGCACCACUCCCCGCGCUCAAAUUCUACACCAGCUCAUGGCAACGCAGGAAAGGGUAAAAAUACCCCACUGAUGAAUAACCCGAGCGAUCUGAUCCUACGCUUUCCAAUAGCACCACUCCUUUCCACUUCGAAUAUGGUGCUUAUUGGCCUUGGAGUGGAUGGGAUGGUUCGCUUGUGGAGUGCUGGUCUCGAGAAGCUUACGAACUACACGUCGUCAGAGAUUAUUGGUCAGAGCAUUUACUCUUUCCUUUUGGAAAAAAACGAUCAGGAGUUCAUGCGCUACAUUAUCGGUAAAGCGGCGAGCUAUGCCGGAAAUGUCGAGGGUUAUUUAGAGUACCAUGCUACCACUAAACCUAGGAGUUUCAGGUUCGUGCGUAGGGAUGGGUUGACAAAUACGAUUCUUAAGCUCCAUUUCUUGCCACCGUUGGUAGCCUCUAGUAACCAAGAGGUGAACGUUAUCCUGGCUUACGGUGAAGAAGUUCAUUGGGUCUCGGAGUUUAUUCAGUGCGAGCCGCUUUUACUAUUCGCAGAGUUUCGGAAUAUCCUUUCAAACUCCACCUUUUCACCCGAAGAACGCCAGCGGCUGUUCGUAGAGUCUUUGGACAACUUUGAGGUUACCUACCGCGCCGCGACGCUCUCCGUAGAUAGGCUGCACAUUGUAAACCUGCAGCAGAUGGUUGGAAAGAUUGUUAUGGAUUUCGGAAGCGACUGCGUCACUCGCGGUGUGAUGAUCCGACAGCACUUCGAUCAAUUGCCAACAAUGGAGAUCUAUCUAGAUGCUGUGCUGCUUCCGAAGUGUCUGCGCUACGCUGUGAAUCUCUGCAUUAACUGUAUUCAUGCCAAGAGGUUGGGUAUCGAGGUAUCCCUCACUACUAAAAGUGGACUAGAAUUCCUCGUGAUUGACUUUAGCGUUGACGGUCCUGGGUUCCCGCCGGAGUACAUCGGUGCUUUGGAAAAAAAACUCCCGUCAGCGUUCUUAACCCCUGCGCCUAACUCUAUUUCUCAAAACACUGUAGACGGCAGCAACUUGGGUGAUCAUCAUGUCAGUAAGACGUCAGUGAAGACCCGUUUAAAUAGCACGUCAUCACAUUUGGGCGAUCUCGGCGUCGACAAGGGACAGGAGAGUUUGGAGUGGAUGCGGGAAGCAGUGGAGGGACAGGGCGGCACGAUGCGCAUAGUCAGCGCACCAGGGAACUCUAACCUGCUGUUCUUGAUUCCGUUUAUUCCUGCUAAACCAAUGAACAUGAGCAGCACCUCUACAAAUGAUGAGUCCCUCACGAACAUCUCAGGAAGCGGGAGCAGCAACCACUUGAAUAUCCCAAGGAUGACGCAACCCUUGGCCAACAGUGCUAGCCUUGUUAGCAUCAACGGUCCGGAUAAUCCGAUCUCUACGGAGGCCACGCCCUCGAUCACCCAACACACCACCGAACCCAACUCUUUGUUUUCGCAUAACGGGGAGCUAGCGGAAAUGGAGUCCGCGGCGUGUGCUCCUUACACACGCAUAGUGUCCGACAGCGCCCCGGAGAUGGGUGCGCAGAAGGCCUGCUGCUAUACUACCCUCGUUGUGGAAGACAAUCCGGUGCAUCGAAAUAUGUUGUGUGGGUACCUCUGGCAGCGAAAACAUGCGGUUCUAUCUGCUCAAAGCAUUGAGGAUAUUGAGCGGAUGGCGGGCGUCGUAGAUAUCCUUUUCAUCGACUUGAGUCAGUCCGUGCUGAGGUCGCUAGAGCCUAGGGAUGCGAUCACGAUGCUACGCGAGAAAAUGACGCAAAUGGCAGUGGUACUCACCACCGAGGACUUAACCCCCGCGUCGAGUGAGGUGUUUCACGCAGCAGGGUUUUUUAGUUUGACGAAGCCGUGUACACCUGCACAAGCCAUGGAGGUCAUCAGUUCAGCGGAAGAGAAGAUGUUCGUAGUCAAGCAAGAGGCGGAGUGGAUCGCGCAUAUUCGAGAGGAGCUCGCGAAAGGGGGCCACGGGAAGUGGAAACUUGGCCGGAUGAUCGGCAAAGGGGUGUUUAGUGAGGUCUAUGAGGUGACAGAUGUACUCACUGGUGGUAAGAUGGCGAUGAAGGAAAUGCAGCUUCACAGUGACAAAGCUCGUAUGGAAAGCUCCUUUUAUGAGAUCGAUACCAUGUGCAACCUCCAACACCCUAACAUCAUUCACUACUUUUACUGUGAAGAGAGUCCUGACAAGCGGACGAUUCGCGUGUUUAUGGAAUACGCGACGGGGGGCACACUUCGUGAGCUUCUGAAAGAUCGCCAAUCACCGCUAGAAUUCAGUCAGAUCCAACGUCUACUGCGGGAUAUCACGGCGGGCCUGGCGUACAUUCACUCCCAGAACUACGUCCACAGCGAUAUCAAGACCGCGAACAUCCUCCUCGCGCAGGACGGCACCGGAAAGAUAGGCGAUUUUGGCAGCGCGCGACAAAUCUGUAAAGGUCAGCUGUUGUAUGACAUGCAAGGCAGCCCGUUGUAUAUGUCGCCAGAAUGCAUGUCCGCUGGCGACAUCUCGCCAGAGACUGGUUUGCGCAUUGGCUAUAGCUUCUCAUCGGAUAUCUGGUCACUGGGCUGCGUUGCACUUGAAUUGGCGACUAACGAGCCCCCGUUUUCACAUAUUAAAGAGAUGAAAGGCCCAGCAGGACUUACGAAGUACAUCACUACGCUUAGCGACACGCCGGAUCUUUCCCCACUUUUUGACUUCCCGCCGUGCUUGACGGAGUUCGUGUCGGCGUGUUUGAACCCUCAACCAGAGCAGCGGGCCACAGCCCAGCAAUUAUUGCAGCUCAGUAUCUUUACUGAGUCCGCCGACGAAAGUACGAAUUCCGCAGUGCUUGCGCUCCAGCGGGCGCAUCUUCUACACAUUUUGAACAAGUUCGUCGCAUUCCAAGACCCUCCAGAGACGCCCCCGCGUUCGACGUCAAGAGAGCUUCCGGGAAAGCGUGAUUCCAUUAGAAGUAAAUCCCAUAGCUUAAUGCACUCCCCCCUGUGCCCCACGUCAAAUGGAGCAAAUUCCUUGGGGACGUUCUCAGCAGGGAAAGCAGUGCAGCAGGGCAAGGACAAGGACAAGGUACACAAAAAAACGGAGGGUGUCGUCAGGAAGCACUUUUGUCUAUCUCAAUCGAAUGAGGUCCAAAAGGAAGACUCAGCAGUGCCUUAUACGCCCACUAUCAUGGUAUCAAGCCCUAUCACAAAUGUCUCGGGGAAUGUGGGGCGCCGCAGCGAUGGAGAGGAACCGCUAUCACAGGGCUACGUAGAAUGCGCUACAAGCGAAGGGACACAAAGAUGCAAAGCGGUUGCCGAUUCUGAUAUAGACUUCUUCUCCUCCACCUCCUCGUCGGUGGCGUUGGUCUCGCCGGUAGUAUCGUGCUUACAUGAUGAGCUCCACAGCAAGAGCGUCGAUGCCGCUCAGAAGCCAGUGCCCGUAAAUACAGGACUCCCGCAAUUCACAUGCACUUUGGCUCCCCAUACUGACCUUUCGUCCAGAAUCGUGCAGGGUAGUACGGGGGAGCACUCCCGUCAAAUGCGCUCCGCUGGAUCCAAACUCGGCCACAGUGGUCCGUUUCUGGACGAAAUGGGCUCCCAAAGCCGUUGGCAAAAAGUUUUGUCGCAUAUCAAAAAAGUCUACGCCUAUCGCGACCGAGUGCCGGAGGCACUCGAGAGCGCCGCCAACGACGCCCUGAGUAAUAUACUGCAGAGGAAGAUUGUGGCUGGUGGCACAGAAGGCUGCGGGGCGGUCUCCUCGGAAGCUUCCUCGAACUUACGCUCACAUUCCGACAUGCAAUCGAGCAUGGUGGCGCAAUUUUUCCACGUGGGCCAACUCACCCUGGCAAAGAAGCAUCAGUUCGCUCAUAAACUGCAGAAGGCACGGAAGAUCAUCUUGAACCGUUCAUUUUUCCGUGUCGAGACGGAAGGAAAGGUAGAUGAGUGGGCGUCGCAGCCUCUCCUGGCGGGGGUGCUGUCGAAAAGCCCCUCCAAUAUCAAGACCUCAUUCUCAGACCACGUUUAG